GAUUUGGCAACCAUGACGUGUUUGCGGAAGUGCCGAGGACGCACCAGAUUCCAGCCAGCGGUUCAUUCUUUGGAUGACUUGUAAUGUCAACGUCUGUCUGGUCGCUGGAUUCUCAGGCUCGAGGUAGCAAGACGGAGGAAGUGGAGCCAUUGUUUGGGGAAGAAAGCGUGUCCUGUUGUCAAUGUGUAACUAGAGAUUGAAGUGGAGGACUCUUAUUGGCACAGAGGGGGAGGACUGCUACACAUUAGUCCACAAGCUGAGAGACUGAAAUCCUCCCGCCAUGACGUCUGUCACAGGAGGACCUUCCAGUUCUGUGUUGUAAGGAACAUCUGAGGCCAGGGAUCGUGCUGUUUGUCCCGUGCACUCCAGCUGUGGGACCUCACACACACACACACACACACACACACACACACACACACACACACACACAGAGCACCUCAUUAGAGAGGAGGAGACGACGCAUGUUAUUGAGUCAAUGUCUGGACCAUGCCAACCUUGCUGUGGGAGACAUCAGCAGCUUCAUUCCUUUCUCCUCCCAGCAGCCAGCCUUGUUGCAUGAGAUGGAGUUAUAUGGUUAAUCAUCGUCUGAACUCUCUCACACACACACACACACACACACAUAGAAGACCUCAUUAGAUAGUCUCAUUAAAUGAACUCUCACCCAAUCAGGCACAUCAGCAUUUCACACACACACACACACACACACACACACAUAGAACAGCUCAUUAGAUAGUCUCAUUAAAUGCGUGACUGGGAUGUCUCUACUCCUCUCCACCAGGGGGAGCCACUAGUGGCUAACCUGCAUGGUAUUUAAUCAUUUCACUUGAUGAUGAGAAGGAAUACCCACUUAAGGAAAUCCCUUAACCAAUGCCAUUGGCACAGUGAACAGGCACUUUGUUGAGGUGUCUCACCUCCCUCCCAACCACUCGGGGGCGCCACCUGUUGUGUGUGUUGAUGAUGUGUUGUGGGGCGUGUAAGGUGGCCAGGAGGGCCAAGCUGCUGUUCCUGCUGCUGCUGUCUCUGGGCCUGCUGGUGUGGAUCACCACCUUCGCCGGGAGCGACACGGUCCGGGCCAUCCAGGAGGGGCCCAGGAUGCUCUGGGGGAGUGCUGGGGAUCUGAGGAACAUCCACUCUCUGCUGGGGGGGGGCAAGCGGCACCCCCCCACACUGCUGCCUGCAGACGACUUAGAGAAACACCCCCAACCCCCGCUGCAGAUCUGCCCCGAGCGCUCACCACUACUGCGUGGCGCUAUAGCCCUGACCUUCCCAUCCUCCCUCUCGCUGUCUGACGUUGAGGAGGAGAACCGUGAGCAGCUAUCUCCGGGCGGCCAGUCGCAGCCCAGCGACUGCAUCAGCAGGCAGAAGGUUGCCGUGCUGAUCCCCCAUAGGAACCGGGAGAAGCACCUCCUCUUCCUCCUCCACUAUCUGCACCCCUUCCUGCAGCGGCAGCAGUUACAGUACGGCAUCUACGUCAUCCAUCAGGCUGGUGAUGCCACGUUUAACCGUGCGAAGCUGCUGAACGUGGGCUACCUGGAGGCGCUGAAGGAGCAGCCCUGGGACUGUUUCAUCUUUCACGACGUGGACCUGGUGCCUGAGAAUGACCUCAACCUCUACACCUGCCACGCCCAGCAGCCCAAACACCUGGUGGUCGGGCGCAACGCCACCGGAUACAAACUACGCUAUAAAGGCUACUUUGGAGGAGUGACGGCCAUGACAAGAGAGCAGUUCUCCCGCGUCAACGGCUUCUCCAACGCCUACUGGGGCUGGGGGGGGGAAGAUGACGAUCUCAGGAUACGGGUGGAGCUGCAGAAGAUGAAGAUCCUCAGGCCUCCUCCCGAGGUGGCCCGCUAUACCAUGGUGUUCCACAAGAGGGACAGCGGCAACGAGAUCAACAAGGACAGGAUGUCUCUGUUGCGGCGGACUCCUCUCACGUGGCGUUCGGACGGACUGAACUCCUGCUCCUACAGCACCGCCUCCAUCCAGAGAGUUCCUCUCUACACCAACGUUACCGUGCACAUCGGCCACCCCUAGUGUGUGUGUGUGUGUCUGUGAGUGUGUGUGUGUGAGUGUGCGUGUGGUGUGUGUGUGUGUGUGUGUGUGUGUGUGUAGGAGUCCAUCAGGACAGCUUCUCAGAAGAGCUUUUGUGUGUCUGUGUGUGUGUGUGUGUGUGUGUGUGUGUGUGUGUGUGUGUGGUGGUCUAGUGAUGCUUCCCAGGGGCAAGAGCAGAAGUGAACUCUCACCCUCUUCAUCUACGUUUCCAGAUGAUUCUAGAACUGACUUUCCCCAGACACGCUGUGGAUCAACUGACAACAAAUCCCCCCGCAGGUUUACUUGACACCUUAGAUCCCAAACUUUACAGUCCACUGGGGGGAACUUUACAGUCGGAGUCGGAUGGAACUUCACAGGGGAACUUUACAGUCACCCGGAAGGAACUUUACAGUCACCUGGAGGGAACUUUACAGAGGAACUUUACAGUCACCCGGAGGGAACUUUACAGCACUCCUAAAACACGGGCCCCCACCUUCACCGUCUGCCCAGCUGUGGCUCACUGAGGAUGAGGAUGCUUCAGGGCCACUGAGAACCAGCUCACCAGGGGCACACACACACACGCACGCACGCACGCACGCACGCACGCACGCACGCACGCACGCACACACACACACAC